AUGGCUCCUGCAGCGGGAGCUCUCAAAGUCGCCAUUGCAGGCUGCACUGGCCGCAUGGGCGAACGGCUGGUUGCUUUGACUCGCGCGGAUCCUGCCUUACACUUUGUUGGUGGCCUGCGAUCACGAGUUCAGAAAGACGCUCUGGUGGCCUCAGCAGUGGGGCAAGUUUCACUCCAUCCACCGAAAAAAACCGGAGAAAAUCUAGCCGGAGACAACCAGGAGGCGGUACCCAAUAAGGACACGGCCCCUGGUGUGUACACUUCACUGGACAAGCUGAUCGAGGAAAGUGGUCAGAAACCUUGUGACUACUUCUCAAGCCCGAUCGGAAUCGUUUCUUUUUUCACGGGUGGAGAUCUUAUGGUUUCGUCUUUUCCAUACCCUAGUGCACUGCUGCGACCCAAAAUUGCAGGAACGAUGUCGCUUAUUCCUUCGUGUAUCCGCCACAGCGUGGCAUUAGUGAUCGGCACUACUGGAUUCACUCCAGCGGAGCAGGAGGUGGUGGAGGCAGCAGCGCGAGAGAUUCCGCUUUGCAUCGCGGCGAACUUUUCUCUCGGUGUAAACCUGCUCGUUCGUAUUGCAGGCGAGGUUGCAGCCAGUCUUGGGGAAGACUUUGACAUCGAGCUCGUUGAGGCACAUCACAAUCGCAAGGUCGACGCGCCUAGUGGUACGGCCAUAGCUCUGCUUGACUCCAUUGCUGCAGCCACUGGACGGACGACCUGUAAAGGUAGUGCUGAUGCCGAGACCACAGCAGAGACUCACCGAGAUAAGAUGGUGCUCAUCCACGGGCGAGAAGGUCGCAGUGUCAGAAGAAGGCGGGGAGAAGUAGGUGUGCAUGCCCUCCGAAUGGGUAAUGUGGUUGGCGAGCACAGUGUGAUGUACGCUAGUGACUUUGAACGAAUAACACUCAGUCACCAUGCGGAAACGAGAGAUGUAUUUGCCUCCGGUGCGAUUCGCAUGGCCAAGUGGAUUGCUCACCGUCCAAAGGGCAAGUAUCAGGUUAGUGACAUGCUCUUCCAGAAGGCGAACAGCAACCCAGCAGAGGUGUGA